UCUUUAGUUUUAUUUAUUGUUUUCAUUAAUUUCCUUGAAUUAUUACAUUGAAUUCCUGAAAGUCUCUUUACCUACUCUGUUUAGUGUAAUCACAAACAUGUUGCUCACUAACGUGACAACAAUCAAAGACUUUUUCCUCGUUGGAUUUCCUGGCCUGCUGCCAGAGUAUUACGGGCUUGUGUCAGCUCUGCUCUUUUUGCUUUAUUUGACUAUAGCUGUGGGGAAUAUUUUCAUCCUAGUGAUUGUAAUUUGUGAAAAGUCACUUCAAAAACCAACAUAUCUCAUUUUUGGUCACUUAGCAUUAAAUGAUUUGAUAUUUGGCACAGUGACUCUCCCGAAGGUGAUAUCAAAAUACUGGUCUGACAACAGCAUUAUUUCAUUCUAUGCCUGUUUUAUACAAACAUACUUUGUUUACUUUUUAGCUGCAACACACUCUUUCAUUUUGAUGGUGAUGGCUCUUGAUCGUUUUAUAGCUAUUUGUGUUCCACUGCGUUACACAUCACUUUUCACAAAUACCACAGUAAACAGGCUUUGCGGGAUAUCAUGGUUCAUGCCUAUUUCAUGGAUGAUUGGCGUGGUUUGUGAUACAAUGAAUCUACCAUUUUGUAAUUCAAACAUAAUUGUUCAGUGUUAUUGUGACCUUAAUUCAAUAAGAAGCCUUUCAUGUGAGAAUGUACGAGCUAAUGCAAGUCUAGCACUGGGAUUUGCUAUGUUUUCUUUGAUAGUCCCUCUUGGAUUCAUCAUUUUAUCAUAUUCUUCUGUCAUCAUUGUUGUUCUGAGAAAGUCCUCUUCCAUGGGUCGCAUGAAAACCCUGUCUACCUGCACACCACAACUCAUCAUUAUUGGUCUUUUCUAUCUUCCAAGAUGCUUCGUGUACCUGGCAAAUUUUGUGGGAUUCACGUUCAAUAUUUCACUUCAUAUUGUCAUUGUAAUGUUGUACAGUCAUAUACCUGCUGCUGUCAACCCACUCAUUUACUGUUUCAAAACUCAAGACAUCAAAGAAAUGUUGAAAAUUAAAUGGUCUAGAAGAAUAAUACAUGUUACUACAAAAAUUACUUAAAUACCCAUUUUUUUAAUGUGAAAGGACAAGUGUCAAAAUAUUUUUCUGACAUCAGAAAGAAUGUUUUCCGCUGCACACACUAUGCCUGAGCAAAUUUAAACAUACCGGUAAUUGUUUGUCAGCUACUGACAGGGGUCUAGAAUUACUGUCAUACUUUUCUUAGAAUUAUUUACAAUUUCCUUUAAUAUUUCAUUUGUAAUUUUCCCUAAUUUCUUAUCUGUAUUUAUUCUCUGUAUUUUGGUUUAAUACACGUGAACUCAAAAAAUUUGAAUAUUGUACAAAAAUGUAUGUAAAAGUUAAAGGGCCGAGUACCGAGUACAUAUGCAUGAUUAUACUUUUUCAGGGGUCUGACAUUUAUGUGUCUCAUCCUCAUUCUCAUCCUUGUUAAAUUGAUUACAUGAAAUAGUCUAGUUUUUUUUAGAUUUUUCAAAAUCUCAUAAUGCUGUUAAGUAUAAUCAUCACAAGUAUAACAAACAAAGGCUGGAAAUAUCUUGCUUUGCAUUUUAUGAGUCUAUCAUAUAUUAGUUUCACUUAAAAAAAUAAUUACUGAAAUAAAUAAAAUUUUGCACUAUAUUCAGGUUUUUUAUUUUUUUUACCUGUAUGUGGAAAAACAAUGCAGCUGCAUUACAACCAAACACAAAGAAGCAAA